GCGCCGCGCCGCGCGCCUCAGCUGUUGCCGCGGAUCAGUCGUGACGUAGCGGCCACGCGGUUAGCAGUGCGACGAGCAGACACGCCUGUCCCUGGGAAUACCGGAGAAAGAGGAGGAUAACACGGUGGUGGUACUGACUUGUGACGGGCAGAGGGUCGCCGAGUUACACCGUGUUCCGGACUCAGCGUUAUGGCAGCCACUUACGAGACCGAGGAGACGUCAGCCGGGGACCUGGGUGCGCUGCUGGACGCGGGCGACGGCGCCACGGUGACGCUGGCCGCGGGCGGCACGAGGCUCGUGGUGCACAGGGCCGUCCUGGCCGCCAGGAGCCCCGUGUUCGCCGCCAUGUUCCGGCACGACAUGCUGGAGGCGCGCAGCGGCUGGGUCCAAAUCGCAGACGUGGAGGGCCCGGUGCUGCGCCAGCUGGUGGCCUACGUGUACACCCUGAAGGCCCCCCAGCUGCCGGGGAUGGCGCCGCAGCUGCUGGCGGCCGCGGACAAGUACGGACUGUCGGGUCUGAAGGACGCGUGCGAGGAGCAGGUGGCCGGGCAGCUCACCGUGGAGAACGCCGCGGCCACGGCCGUCCUCGCACUCAGCCACUGCUGCUCCGGCCUGAAGGGGGCUGCCGUCGCAUUCGUAAAGGACCACUUCCACCGGGUGGCUGUGACGCGGGGCUGGGCAGACGCCGUGCUCCGACACCCGCACUUUGUCGCGGAGUUGACUCGCCUGAUUGCACAGCCACCUGUACGACCCGGACAGUCCCUCAGCAGCAACUCGUGCACCAAGCAGUCCCCUGGCCCUCACGUGAACACGCUCGCCCACAGCGACCACGGCCAGACACCUGCCACUGCUGCGCCGCCCGCGGCUGCCCCCGACAUUCCUCCACUCGAUGCCGCCACUGUCUCUCGUAUGCGGAAUCUUUCAGCAUGGGAGAAACGCAGGAGGCUGACCCUGGCAGCUAAGGAGGGGUCGGUGGCGGAGCUGCGGGCACUGCUGGCGGGAGGAGCGGCCUUGGAGGUGAGGGACGGCAGCGGGAAGACUGCCCUCCACUGGGCAGCGAAGCAGGGACACCUGGAGGCGGUGAGGUGUCUAGUGGGGGGUGGCGCGCAGGUGGGCGCUAGGGACCACAGGCAGCAGACGCCUCUGCACGCGGCUGCAGGGGGCGGGCACACGGCCGUGGUGCAACUGCUGGUGGAGGCCUCGGCGGACCCCGACGCCAGGGACCAGCGGGGCAGCACUCCGCUGCACCUGGCUGCGAGGUGGGGCCACGCAGAGCCGGCGGCUGCGCUGUUGGUGGCAGGGGCCAACAGGCUGGCCAGGGACGAUGUGGGGGACACCCCACUGGACGAGGCCCGGCUGUACAGCCACCAGCAGCUCGUGCAGCUGCUGACGUGAAGACCGGACUCCUACCGAGGAACGCGGAGUUGAGCAAAACUUUGCUAUGUGACUUUCCAUUAUUUUGAAAAUAAACAGUAGGAAAUAUCAA